CCAGGUUAACCAUGGGAAUUGGGCAGACUUGGCUCUGCCUUCCCUAAGCUUGCAGGUUGAUUCCCAGAGAUGAGGUCUGUGCUGGCCAAGCACAGAGAAUCCACUGACCCAGUCAGGGAAGGCUUCCUGGAGUAUGCAGCUGGAGCUAUGGCCAGGAGAGUUCCAGGCAAAGGGAAAUACAUAUCAGAGGGAAGGAGUGCCUGGUGAUUUGGGCAACCAGCUGGAGGCAAAGCUGGACAAGCCAAAGGUCGUGCACUACCUCUGCUCCAAGAAAACGGACAGCUACUUCACACUCUGGCUGAACCUUGAACUGCUGCUGCCUGUCAUCAUUGACUGCUGGAUCGACAAUAUCAGGCUGGUCUACAACAAAACGUCCCGGGCCACCCAGUUUCCCGAUGGUGUGGAUGUGCAUGUUCCCGGCUUUGGGAAGACCUUCUCACUGGAGUUCCUGGACCCCAGCAAAAGCAGUGUGGGUUCUUAUUUCCACACCAUCGUGGAGAGCCUUGUAAGCUGGGGCUACACACGGGGUGAGGACAUCCGGGGGGCCCCUUAUGACUGGCGCAGAGCCCCAAAUGAAAAUGGACCCUACUUCCUGGCCCUCCGGGAGAUGAUCGAGGAGAUGUACCAGAUGUAUGGGGGCCCUGUGGUGCUGGUUGCCCACAGUAUGGGCAACAUGUACACGCUCUACUUUCUGCAGCGGCAGCCACAGGCCUGGAAGGACAAGUAUAUCGGUGCCUUUGUGGCACUGGGUGCGCCCUGGGGGGGCGUGGCCAAAACCCUGCGCGUCCUGGCCUCAGGGGACAACAACCGGAUCCCAGUCAUUAGUCCCCUGAAGAUCCGAGAGCAGCAGCGGUCUGCUGUCUCUACCAGCUGGCUGCUGCCCUACGACUAUACCUGGUCACCUGAGAAGGUCUUUGUACACACACCCACGACCAACUACACGUUGCGCGACUAUCGCCGGUUCUUCCAGGACAUUGGCUUUGAAGAUGGCUGGCUCAUGCGGCAGGACACGGAGGGGCUCGUUGAAGCCAUGGUGCCACCUGGUGUGCCCCUGCAUUGCCUCUAUGGUACUGGUGUUCCCACGCCAGACUCCUUCUACUAUGAGAGCUUCCCAGACCGAGAACCUAAAAUCUACUUUGGUGAUGGCGAUGGCACUGUGAACUUGCAGAGUGCCCUGCAGUGCCAGACCUGGCGCAACCACCAGGAACAACAGAUAACGCUGCAGGCACUGCCAGGCAACGAGCACAUUGAGAUGCUGUCCAAUGCCACUACUCUGGCCUAUCUGAAAUACCUGCUCCUUGGGCCCUGAUUCCUUUGCCAGGCAAGCCUGUGGGAUGGCUUGGGUACAGCUGCUUCUCUUGACCUCCUGGGCUGCCAUGGCCCACAAGUUUAGCAGUUUGUGACUGAACUUCCAAGGCCAUAGGUCUUGGGUUGUGAAACAUCUGCCAUCGGGAAGUGCCGUUUCUUAUCCUUUCUCUGGGAGUGAGGAAGGAAGAAAUAGUUUGGACUCACUCAAGGGACUCUUUUUUUUACCCCUUAAAUAUAUCUUUCUUGAUUUCAGAGAGAAGAAGGGAGAGGGAGAGAGAGAGAUAGAAACAUC